AUGGGUUUGGCAGCUACAAGAACCAAACAGCGGUUUGGUUUAGACCCCAGAAAUACGGCAUGGAGUAACGACACCUCGAGAUUCGGGCACCAAUUUCUAGAAAAGUUUGGAUGGAAACCCGGUAUGGGUCUGGGGUUAUCCCCCAUGAAUUCGAACACUUCGCAUAUCAAAGUGUCAAUUAAGGACGACAACGUUGGGCUCGGUGCUAAAUUAAAACGUAAAGACAAAAAAGACGAGUUUGAUAAUGGUGAAUGCGCAGGGUUGGAUGUCUUCCAGCGAAUUCUUGGUAGGCUGAACGGAAAGGAAAGCAAAAUAUCAGAGGAAUUGGACACGCAGAGAAAGCAGAAGAUUAUUGACGGAAAAUGGGGUAUCCAUUUUGUGAAGGGUGAAGUUUUAGCAAGCACGUGGGAUCCAAAGACUCACAAGUUAAGAAAUUACUCCAACGCGAAGAAACGAAAGAGGGAAGGAGACGAUAGCGAAGAUGAAGAUGAUGACGACAAAGAGGAUAAAGACAGUGAUAAAAAGAAGCACAAGAAGCACAAAAAGCAUAAGAAAGACAAGAAAAAAGACAAGAAGGACAAAAAGGAGCAUAAGAAACAUAAAAAGGAAGAGAAGAGAUUGAAGAAGGAAAAAAGGGCGGAAAAGACCAAAGAAACGAAAAAGACGUCAAAAUUAAAAUCUAGUGAAUCUGCAUCCAAUAUCCCCGAUGCGGUAAACACAAGACUAUCGGUGCGCUCCAAAUGGAUAAAACAAAAGAGGGCCGCGUUGAUGGACUCCAAGGCACUGAAUGAGAUCUUUAUGAUAACAAACGACUAA